UUAGCGAAUUGGCUUCUCCACGGACGACAUGCAGCGUUGAUUGCGAUGGGGGGUUUCGCUCGGUGAAAUCGGCUCCGACCGCUUUAGUCCAUGAGAACAUUCGCAGCGCGAACAAGUGCCGAACGCGAUUUCUCCGUUGACUAAGUCGUGUUUUCCCACAGUUUUUUUGUUCUUGUUGAUUUGUGGUGGAGCGCCGAAUUGGUCAACUUCGGGUGAACCGGGACUUCGGUUAUUGGUGUUAACGGCGUUGUUGAUCGGUAUCGUUGGGCGCAACUAGCUCUCGAUAUAUGGCUAAAAGGUGAUCGUUUGUAUGAAGGCAGCGCGGUGAAAAGCGGGAGCGCGAUUGUGUUGUCUAACUGGAAUCGGGCGUUUGUCUACCGCGCUGGCGGUCUUAGUGCAACGUCGCCGUAAACUGCUAAGCUACGUAGAAUGAAUUAAUACGCUGAUUUCGCAAUAAUCCUAUGCAGUGGUCGUGUGUUGUUUACAGGCCACCGUGAAAGUGAAGACAGGUUCAAGUCGACAAACAAUACGCUGCUUUGCUGUUUUGACGGCCAUCGAGGCGAACGAUCAUACGGCUGCCAGAAGUUUCUACCGAUGUGUAGUGUUUGGUUGUUUACUGCGAAGAGUUGAGAAGUUUUUUGGUUUUGUUUUGCUGUCUACUGGAACGAAUUCAUAUCGUUUUUCAUCCCGGCAACCUCAGCAAGCCACGCUCCAUUCGACGAACAAACCAGUGCCUACUGUUUUUCGAUCGAAUGAAUGGAUUUCGCCGACAUGCUUGGAACCAAUCAUAGCAGUGGCGUCGGCUAUUAUCAACGCAAUAUUGCCAAAAUCGUCAUCAGUGGAAUACCGCAGCACGCCAAAUUCGAUGACAUCGAGCCACUGCUAAAGCCGUACGGCAAGGUCGAACACUGCGACGCCGUCACCAGCAAGGACCCGACCACGCAAACCGUCCAUAUCACGUUCGAGAAUCACGAUCAAGCACAGAGAGCGGUCGCGGGUCUGAACGGGAUCGAAUUCGAGGGAUCAAACCUGCUGGUGGAGCUGUUCGAUAACAAAGCUAACCGCCGAGGCGCCCGCAGCCGUCCACAGUACGCCGGCAUGCCAGGAGGCGGCGGCCCGGGACGUCAGACCGACUUCCCGCUGCGGUUGCUGGUGGCCAGCGAAAUGGUCGGCGCCAUCAUCGGUCGCCAGGGCAGCACGAUACGACAGAUCACCCAGAACAGUCGGGCCCGCGUCGACGUCCACCGGAAGGAUAAUGUGGGCUCCCUCGAGAAGGCCAUCACCAUCUACGGCAAUCCGGAAAAUUGUACCAGCGCAUGCAAGAGAAUACUGGAAGUUAUGCAGCAGGAGGCCAACAACACAAACAAAGGAGAAAUUUGCCUGAAGAUUCUCGCCCACAAUAACCUGAUCGGUCGCAUCAUCGGAAAGAGCGGGAACACAAUCAAGCGGAUAAUGCAGGACACCGACACAAAGAUCACUGUCAGUUCGAUAAACGACAUCAACAGCUUCAACCUGGAGCGCAUCAUCACCGUUAAGGGUUCGAUCGACAACAUGUCCCGGGGCGAAAGUCAGAUCAGCGCCAAACUGCGCCAGAGCUACGAAAACGACCUCCAGGCGCUGGCCCCGCAGAGCAUAAUGUUCCCUGGGUUGCACCCAAUGGCAAUGAUGUCUACGGCGGGCAACGGGAUGGGCUUCACCGGUCGUACCGGAAUGUACCCGGGAACCAGCUAUCCAAUGUACCAGCCGCCGACAGUGCCUGGCGCCCCGCCCGGAUCCAGCGACGUCCAGGAAACCACCUACCUGUAUAUUCCAAAUAAUGCCGUCGGUGCUAUCAUCGGAACCAAAGGAUCGCAUAUUCGUAAUAUUAUAAGAUUUUCCGGUGCUUCGGUAAAGAUCGCUCCGCUGGAGGCGGACAAACCCCUAGAGCAGCAAACCGAGCGUAAAGUUACCAUCGUCGGCACGCCGGAAGCUCAGUGGAAGGCCCAGUAUCUGAUCUUCGAGAAGAUGCGGGAGGAGGGCUUCGUCUCCGGCACGGACGAUGUGAGAUUAACGGUGGAAAUCCUGGUCCCGAGUGCACAGGUUGGACGUAUCAUUGGCAAGGGUGGCCAGAACGUACGGGAAUUGCAGCGAGUAACCGGUAGCAUAAUCAAACUGCCCGAACACACUACCAACACGCCAGUGGACGAAGAAACCACGGUACACAUCAUCGGUCCAUUCUUCAGUGUUCAGUCCGCCCAACGACGCAUCCGAACGAUGAUGCUGGCAACGAACCCCCCACCGGCCACCAACCGGCAGAAAGCCCAGAAGGCCAAGGAGCAAUCGUCGACCUCGUCAACGCCCGCUGCCUCCGCACAGCCGCCGUCGUCUAGUACAAGCGUAUAAUCAAAAUCUGCAAUCGUCGCUGUCAUAGUCGCUGAUGGCCGUCAGCUGCAAUUAUCAGUGCUGCCAUCGUCGUCGCCACCACUACCACCAUCAACAACAACAACAACACUAACACAACAGCUUCUAUCGCACCAACAACAACAACUACUACUACCACUAUCAAUCGUUCCGCACGAGCAGCAAAAACAGCAGGUAUCCCUAUCAGUAACAGCAACGGCAAGGUCGGACAAAAAUCACAUCAAAUCCGAAUCUGGAAGGUAGGAAAUCCCUGCAACCAGCCGCGAUCGCGAAAACAAACCCAAAAAAAAACAGUCUGCUAUGUUCCGGAUUAGAAUAUCAAAUUUUGGUUCCAGCACAGGAACGAAGCCCUCUCGGAUCCGAUCGGCGCCAAAACAAAACCAGAAAUUGUGUACACCAGAAUCAGUCUCUAUCGUGAAACAUCUCUCGAGCUAAGCAAAAAAAAGUUUAUUUUUCGUAUUUAGGCACAAAAACACUUCACUUUUGACAUUCCCAUCAAAGUUUAUUCGCCAGCAAAAGCAGCACCAUAAAAGGAAAUGCAUUUACAAAUUUUGCGCUUGUUUUUUUUUACCGGCACAAGAAAUAUCGGAAAUCUAAAAUGUUAACUUUUCAAAAUGGAUUCUGAGCGUCGCUCAUUUCGUGGCAACGUGUAUCAAAGUAGGCGACGUUUGGAAUCGCUCGUUGAUACUGAGUGAUUUACACGAAUGGAAGCAAACGACGAUUUUUAAAUAUUUUUGACAAGAGCUUUUCUUAUCGACCCGGCACCGAAUAGUUGUGUGGGGAUCACAAAGACUUCGGAUGAAGAAGAGAAAACGUUAUUGAGAGAAAGUGCGCAAGAGAGAAUGUUGUUUUUAACUAGUGUUUAGGAAGAGAUCGAUUUAAUUAAGGAAUCAAGAGACAGACAGAGAGAGAGAAAGGUUAAGAUUGCGUUUGGCGCUCUUCUCCGCGAGGAGGAGCAGUGUUGCCAGUGUGAAGGGAGAAAGUGCCAAACAUUGAUGAAUCGCGUUAAAAGAAUUACAAAUUGAAACGAACCGUCGAUUGCCUUAGAUUUCGGUGCUGACACAGAGAACAACAAGAGAACUGAAAGCAGGAAGUUAAUUGUUAGAGGUAAAGUUAGACGGAAGCGCUUCGCUUCACCGCUUGCGAUCAAACGGCGACGACAUUUUCAUAUUCUAAGGUUCACAUCAAGAGAGAAAACCAAUACCUCAAAGAAAGUGCAUUAGGCUGCGUCUACGAGCUACGCGUGUCGCGUAAUCCAUGGACAGCGCCUUACCAUUCAUAAUAAGACACAAUCACACCGAUACAGAGAAAGUCAUCAACAAGCUCACCGGGAAUUGUAGUAGUGAAAACCUAGGUGGUGCACCAUUAUUCGUUAGGGUUUUAGAGCCGAUAGAAGUUGAGAAGCGCAACGAAAGUCGCUGACCACAAACCGGUCAGACGGCUCUAUUGUUUACGUUUUCCUACAGUGAACUAACAGCCAAACACACACAAGCAAAAACACUAACAAGCUUUACGUUUCAACUUUACUUACUCAAAGGUGCAUUAAUCAAUUUUUAUUAACUUGUUGUUGAACAUAAUUCUACUUGUUGAAAGCUAUAUUUUCCCAGUAACUAUUUUCCCGCACUCCCCAGACCUGCCUAUAAUCAAAGCAGUCCAGAUAUUUCGCAGAUGCGUUGCUGGUUAGGAAGCACACUCUGGCAGAAAAAACGUUCAAAUUCGAACGAUUAAAUGCCAUGGAUUUGUGCCCUAUCGCUCACGCUCAAGUGAAACGCGCUGGAUUCGCAACCUUACAACUGUUUAGCUUAACGUCACUUAACUGUUGUUUAUUAUUCUUGUUUUCUUAUUUUGUUUUAAAUAUUGAAUCUUGCUAUACAUACACUACCACCUCCGUGCAGAAUCAGCCGAAACAAUAGAACAAUCAAACUACACAUCCUAAGAUAGCUUAACAUAUGAACCGAAACAAUAGAUAAGACAGGUACCUCAACAUGCAAGCAACCAGAAUCAAAAUAGUUUAAAGUGUUGAAAUUAAUAAUUUUUUAAACAUACUUUUCCCACAAUAGUUAACUAGACGGAACCUCAGUGGCAGUGCUGCCAACCUAUCAAACAACCACAUCCACCUGAAACUUAUGUGUUUUGAAGCCUAAAUAAUCGCAACUACAAAACUAGCUGCGCUAGCAGCAGUGUGCCCAGUUAGAAGACUUUACAUUUUUUGAACUUUUCGCACUCUUCACGCAAUCGCAGUCGAAUCAUAAGGCAAGCAAGUAGCGACCGGAAGAUGAGUAGUAGACGCAAAAUUUUCGCAAUUCUUUGGCAUAAUGGACACACCCGCAACUGAAAAUGUGGUUUUUCCAACAGAACGACUACUGGUGACAUAGAGAGGGUUUAUCAAAAUUUACCGGACGUAGUGGAGGACCGAACCUUAAUCCAAAUUCAGCGCGAUCAAAAAUAAUUCUCAAAAUUCAAAAACAAACCAAUCUUCUAGAAGCAACCUAGACACAUGUGACUGAUACAAAGCAGUAAUUCGUGCAAAAUCGCAACCUUUUGGGCGAUUUUCGAAUUUCUUAUCAGGGAUAAAUACGAACAUACAACACAUACAUAUAUGCAUUUCAAACAAAAAGACUCGAACAACCGAGGAACGCACGACGGACGGAACGGCGAAAACGAAAGAGUGAAAACCGCAACCAGACGUGAAGUUUUUACCUUUACAUUUAGGGACGUAAGAGAGAAUACUAUUGCUCGAAAAUCGAGCGGCUUAAGCGAAGAGAAAGGGAAGAAAAUAGAAUGAGGGAAUCGAAAUUCGGAGAAAAAGUGACUAAAAUCAAUUGUUAGAUUUUUUUAUUAUAUAUAUUAUAUUGAAAAUAUACUAUAUAUAUUUAAAAGGGAAAAGUAAAAAGAGAAAAAAGAGGAACAGAUAUUUAGCUAAAAAAUUUAAUAUUUAUUAAAUCCUAGAGGCUAUAAUAUCGUUGAAUAUUUGUAUAAAAACUCGAACGAACCUUCACGUGGACGCAAGCAAGAACGGAACGUUAAGAUGAGGGUCAACUUUGGUCAAAAUUUAAACUUACAAGAAUGAAAGCUUAGAAACGUACACAGCAACUGAUUAUUUUCCUAUUAUAUUUGUUUAUUUUCUUGGUAAUUUCUGUUGAGGUUUUGUUGUUUACUUUUCGUCAUUGGAACGAAAAGCAAAUCGUGAGGUUAAUGCGUUAUUUAGUUGUGCCAAGUACACCACCGUCGAACGAAGAGAACUUUUUGUUUGACUAAUGAGGAGAAAACUAUGAAAAAAGGGUUGUGAUAGAGCGAGAGUAAUAAAUCGAAAAGCGAUUGCUAAUAAAAGAAUGCCCAGAAUGCAAAAGCACUUUAAUUGAACCCUUGGGUGCCACAUUUUGGUUGUGAUUAAGGUCGAGGAGACAACGAAGCCCGACUUUCCAACAAUCAAUUUGGAACGUUUCUUAUCAAGCAUCAUAAGCCUAAUUGUGGUGACCUUUUUCCAAAGUGCCCAUUCGAGUUUCACAUUUCUUCACAGCACACCGUAAGGAUUUUCCCGUUUACAGUAACUACUUCAAUCAGCUGAUAGGUUUUUCUCGAUUAAGUUUGUUCACAGCCACAAAUGCAAAACGGAACUCUUCAUAUCAUGCCGGAUGCUACACGUUCCGGUCCAUUAUCCGUAGCAUAGCAUAGGAACGGGUGGAAAUUGAUACUCUCAAACACAAACACACCAGAAUUCUGGAAGAUACUUCUUCGAUAGAUUUCAUCACCGCUCAAAUGACAUAUUUAUUUACUUUUAUUUUGUUUAAAUGUCAAGUUUGUUUACGAAUUACGAAUGACAUCAACUUGAACACCCCAACAAAACACAGAAAACCUACGCUGAAGGUUUUGUUUUUACCGAAAGCAGAAGAAGAGCAAACAUUUUUUUCGCGGUACAAAUUGAAACAGUACAAACCGAAGGUAGAUAGAUGGCCAAUGAUAACUGUGCGGGCGGACGCAGUUUUUCUUGAUGCGCACCGCAACAGAGUUUUAAUGAUCAAUGAUUUUUACGCAACUGCAAUCUGACAACAUUCGGCAAAUGAUCCAAAUUUCUAUGAUUUGUUCGAUUCAACCUUUCAGCUGUCAUGUUGACAGUUAAGAGUCGAACAUAAUGAAUAAGUCUAGAUGCAUUUGUUGAAUGUUGCAUUGAAAUAAUUGGCAUCAACAGAAGAAAAGCAACUCAACCAACAAAUUUGGCAGCAACAACCAUCUGAUUGACAGACCAUGAAUGGAAAUAAACAACAAAACAUAGAUAUAGCCCACUAUUUUGGAAGAUCAACAACAACUACAAAAAUCUAACAAUGAUGAACGUGAAUGAUUAUUUCCCGAACGAAAAAUAACAACCAAAACAACGGCAAACCGAUUCGAAAACUGAAAAAAGUCACUUGGAGUCCCAUAAAAUGAUGUAAACUGAAAAAAUAUGAACUUUGGCAUUACAUAAAACUUCACAACGCUGGAGCAAAACCAUAAACAAAUGAGUAAACAGUAAACAAUUCACGGAACAAACAAAUUCGUAGCAGAAAAGUUUCGAACUUAAUUUGCACUAUCCACAUCUCUAGAUUUAAUUGUACAUGGCAAACGAAAUAUAGACAAAAUCAUCACUUGCUUUUGGCAUCGUAAAUGAUGGAAAUCAAAACAAUUGUAAGCACACUUUUCGCAUCUAUAUAAACAAAAUUGACUAAACAAAAAUUAAAUUUAAACAUAAACAAAACCACACACACAUAACCGAAGCAAAGGAGGCAAGGUGAUCGCGCAUCGUAUUUUAAACAAAACUAAACAUAACCAAUUUCGUUUUCCAAAACCUGUAGACGCUAAACAAAAAUAUAUUAGAUGGAUUGACACAUAGACAUAAGGCCAUUGAAACAUAAAUUCUUGACGCAAAAAAUACCGAUCGCAGUAGCAUUAAUUUUAGAUGAUCCUAAUCUCAAAAAAUACGACUCAAAAUUAUUGCAAGCAAGUUUAAUAUGUAAACCCCACAAAAAUAAUAAUAUAACCAAAAAACAUAUAAUUGGUAGAUUGUAGGAAUAAUUUUUGGCAACACUGCAUGAAGCGGAAAUAAUCUGACAUUUCAUCACACCCGUUCACCAGAGAACCGACUGCUUUGAUCGGUUUCUUUCGGUGAUCGAACCGUAAAAAGGUCACCUUGUCGACUUGGGCGACGUCCGCGAACAGGAGAUCCGGUUUCCUCGCUUCUCAGAUAUAAAAAAAAUAUAUAUAUAGACAUACCUUAAAAGGAGUUUUAAAAAACAAAUUUGAAUCACCACUUCCUGAUACAGCGCCCGAAAGGAGCCCACAGAGAGACAAACAAAAAUGCGCAUAUUAUAUUCGAUUACAGACAUGAAGCAAGUAAACUAUCUACAGUAUAGAAAUCGUUUGGUGAAAUAGAUAAAAAAUGGAUUGAAACAUUCUUACCUCAUAUUGAUAUAUAGAACAAAAGCGCGAUAAAAUAUUUAGGAUUAAAACAUAUUGCAAAACCACGGAGAAAAUAAUAACCCCUUGUAGUUUGGAUCAAGAAAACGAAAUUUUAUGCACUCUCUGUCAAGCUAUAGAAACCUCUCUUAGAUGAGACGAACAUACACAUUUAUUCAUUCAUGUCACACAUAUUCGCAUACAUACAGACAGACAAGGAACCUAACGCAAGUUGAGCUGAGCUUUUAGGUUUUUUUAACUAAACUUUGAUAACUCUUCACCCAAGACACCGCACAGGAACGUUCUGACGUUUGUUUGUUUAUUUUUUGUUUGGUUUUUGAAGGAGAGGGAGAACGCUGAGAGGAAAUAAAUUCGGACCAAUUCUUUGAGCGCAAACAAUGCAAAACAAAAAUGAAAAAGUAAUAUUCGAAGAAAAAACCAUGGAUUUAGAUUUGAUUAAUGAUACUACUACUACUUCUACUACUACUACUAUUUAAUGCUACUACUUACUACUUCUACUACUACUAAAAACUACUACUAAAAAGAGAUGAAAAUCAUGAAUUCUACCAACUAUUUUUCGUUCUUUUAAAAAGAGUACAUUUCUUUACUAAUUUCGUUUAAUUUGAAAUAGAACUAUAAGGCUUUUUUGAAGUGGAGAAAAAACACUGUAUAAUGAAAUAAAACUAAAUUAUAACUACUAAAGGAAACAAUUGAAACUACUAAAGCUAAAGCAAAAAGGUAAAUUUUAAGUUUAGGUAACAAACGAAGGAAGUAAUCACAAAAUCUACAAAAGCACUCUCAUGCACACACAAACCAUGCAAACACCUCCCCGUUUGUUUGUUCACAAUCCAUACACCACGACCGAUACUUCUGUUUGACACACAGCAGCGCGCCCCAAUCGCUCCUUUGACGGCCUUGACGAAAAAGCAAGCAAACGCAGCAGCCCGCUGCCACACCACAUCGAGGAAACCUGUGAAGCCGCAGCCUACUUUGGGUGCGAGCUGUCAAAAAGCGAAACCGGUUAGACAUACACACACACACACAAACCUAAAAACACAUUUACAUACGAAUCCCCAAGGAAUGCGUUCAAAGAUGAUUCGCCAAUCCAAGAACGUACAUGCCUAAUUAUCCUCGUUUUAUUUAAGUAAUUUAACGUGAACCCUGGUUCCCAUUGCCCCCCAGAACCCUACCACAUCCAAAGCCUUCCGUUACGCAAAAGAAGCGAGAGCACACAGACAAAGAAUCGUACCGGCACCGCCACCACCAACACAAGGAGACUGAACUACAACGUAAUUAAGUAGGUGGCGUUGUUGAACCUUCCCAACCUUUUUCCCGCCCUCACUCCCUUAUCCUUUGUCCCACUUUCCCUUUUAGUUCCCCGAUUGUAAGCAAAACUUUCUUCGAGUUGAUUCACACGAGUAGUAGAUUUUUCAAAACAUUGUAUUUGAAGAACAUGGUAAACAUCGUCGAGCGAAUUAAAGGGCCACAGGAGAAGAAAGAGAAGCAAAAAUGUAACUAAGAUCCAGUAAAUUAUAAUAUAUAUUUUUAUUUUUAUCAUUGUUUAAUUAUUAAAAGAAUCGAAAAAAGUACAGAAAAAUAAACAUCUAUGUUAAGGAAGAUUAGAUAUGAGUUAGGAUAUAAUGCAAAUAUUGACAUGCCUGUGUGAUAAUAGUUUAUAAUCUUGUCAUUAUCUGUAUUUAUAUCUCCCUCAAGAAGAAAAAAAUUACUAUAGUUUUUGUGUAAAAAUAUACGUUAAAUAAUAUGAAAACAACCAAUAUUAUUGCAUACAGAUUAUAUUUUUAUAACUUUUUUUAUUCUUAAUUCUAUUUGGUCGCAAAAACGGAAACAAUUUGGGUUCAAAACAGCCAACUUGGACGACACAAAUACACACACACUUAUACACUCUAAUGAGCAAAUAGUCGAACGUAAAUCAAAAUAGCCGUCAUUACAUACCAAAUCUGCAGUUUUAUUUUUAAAACACUGUUCAAACCGAACAGCCGAAUGUUUAUAUUUUUUUCCCCCCUAUCUCACAAACCCACACCUACACAUGUUGUUUUCCCUGUCACAGAAACAAUAGUUAAUUUUUAUUAUUUUAUGCACUCCAUCGAACAAUAGACUACGUACACAAACACUAAUAGACAGAAAAAGAGCAGUCCAUCUUCCAAUUAUUGAUAUAUACACAUCGACCUCCAAUCGCAGUAAACAACAUAUGUAGCGCAACCAUGGAAACGACAUCUACAACAUUUUGAACAUAUGACAGCUGAAACACACAAUGAAGAAUUCCGUAUACAUCAAAAACGAAUCGCACGUAUAAAUUUAUCAGAAGUACACACAAACAUUUAUUGUUUGGUUUGGUCCUUAAUCCCGAUACAAAUAAUCACGAUAAGAAAAAAAAAUAAAAAAAAACAACAACAACAAGAGAAAGAAGAACUACCUCAGAAACUUAUUAAUAGUGGAAGAAAGAUGCAGACGAAAAGAAAACGUUUAAUUUAAAAAUAUUGAAACAACCUAACUAUUACAAAAAAGUGAAAAACUAAGUGGAAAAGAAGAUAUAUUAAAUGUAGUUUGUAUUUAAAUAGGAGCCAAACAACUCAACCCCGUGCAGACCCAAUGUGGAAUCAAACUAGAAGAGGAAGCCGAAGAAGCAGUAACAACUUUUCAAAAAUCCAAUUCUGGUUCUGAUUUACUGAAAAAAAAAACAACGGAAAUUUGAUGAGUUAAAAUUUGAAAAAUAACAGUAGUUUAUUUGUUGUUAUUACAACCGCUCGCGCAUGCAUAUUUGAAAAGAACGAGAGGCGAGAGAUAACCACCAAAACAAGUCAGAAUGAAAAUGAAUACAAAAAAAGGCGCGCGAGUACCGAUGUUUCUUUGAUCGAACAGCUCUUAAAAAAGGAAAAGAUAAUCAAGGAGAAGCGCCCUCAAUUUAAACUAUCGCGAUUUAUAUUUAAUCCAAACUUAUACCUAGACACAAACAAUGCGGAAUUCAAAAAAAAAUAAAUAAUCCAUAAAAACCUAUCGAGUAAGCAUCAAUUUUCUUUUCGUUUAAAUUUUGGCAACACUGUAACACACACACUCACGCAAACUUUUAGAAGGGAGCACUCUUAUCAGUACACCGUUGAGCAAGCAUCCGCCGAAUCCCAAGAUCAACCGGUAGAUAACUAAAGAGGAAGAGAGAAUGAGUGAGCGCAGAAGAGGAAAAUGAAACAAAAAAAAAA